AGAAAAGUUUCGCCUCGUCUUUCCGUACGCGUUAAAACUUCCUCCUGACUUUUCCCUUCACACGCUUCUUUCUAUAACUAAUUUACAGGAGAGCAGACGAGAGAAAAUAAAAACAAACUUAAAGUGGAUUGAAUUACGAGAAAAGGGAAAACACGGGAGGAGAGGGAUACGCAGCAAGAGGAAGAAGAAGAAGAACAAGGGAACUUUAUUUGCAGUGUAACUUUUUUGAAAGCGAGGAGAAAAAUUCGUAACUGAGUUCACCUAAAACUAAAAGAGUGAAAGGAAGAGGAAGGACAAAGGAGACUCUUUCUGUAUGUUUGAGGGAGGCGGAGGGAGGAAGAAAGGAGAAAAGUUCAAGGAAAGGGAAAAAUAAGAGUGGGUCUGGUAGGAAUUUAUAUCAGUGUACAGUAGCGGUGAGGACAUGGUGCAGAAAAUGUGAAGUGAGUCUUACGAGUGAGAAAACUAAUACUUGCAAGGAGAACUUUGAAAUAUUGAGGUGAAAGGAAAGGAAGACAGUGAAUUGAUGUAUCUGUAAUAAUAAUAAUAAUAAUAAUAAUAAUAAUAAUAAUAAUAAUAAUAAUAAUAAUAAUAAUAAUAACAAUAGUAAUAGUAAUAAUAAUAAUAAUGAUCAUAACUGCGUAAAGUAAAAAAGAUGAAGAAAGCGAUAAAUAUGAGAAUAAACAAAUAAAUAUUCGAGUCAAGCAAGCGAGAUAAAUAAUAAACAACAAUAAUAACAACAACAACAACAAUACACAGUACAAAUAAAAAAAAGAAAACCGACAAUAACAAAAUAAAUAAAUAAAUAAAUAAAACAAUAAAUAAACCAAAAAUUCUUAAAAUAACACUCGCCAAAGAACGCUGCGAAGAAAAGACACACCAGAACAAAGACAACACUUGGAAGCUUCGAAUGCAAAAAGUUUCGAAACACUGACGAGGAAAAAGAAGAUUCAGAAGGAGAGAUAGACUUCAUUCAUCAUCAAAGUUCCGAAGCAGAUUCUGAACCAUGAUUCGUCUCUCCUGCUUCAGAUGCUCCUCCUCCUGCUCCUCCUCCUCCUCCUCCUCCUCUUUUUCUUUCUCCUCCUCCCUCCUCCUCCUCCCCAUCAUCAUCGUCUUCCUCCUCCACCGACGCCCCGCCCUAGGUGAAAUAGUUCCGGUGACACCACGUGACCCCGAGGCGCCACUCAUUAGGAUGGAACGCCAAGCAGCAGGAGUAGCAGCAGUAGCAGGACGCCCGCCAGUCAGCAGGGAGGCGGGGAAGGAGCAGUGGUGGGAAGGCAGGCCGCGUCCUUACUUCAGUGAUACACCCACCAACCUCACCGUUAUCUCUGGCCAGACCGCCUUCCUCCACUGCCGAGUACACAUGCUUGGCGAGCGAUCGGUGACAUGGAUGAGAGCCCGCGACCUUCACAUCCUGACGGUGGGCUUCAUCACCUACACGGCUGACGACAGGUUCCAGGUGCUGCACAGCCCCCACACUGAUGACUGGACGCUGCAGGUGCGAUCCAGCCAGCCACGGGACGCAGGGACUUACACGUGCCAGGUGAACUCAGACCCCAAGAUUGUAAGGAACGUCUACCUGAGUGUGACAGAUAAGCGUUACCUGGACGGUAGACUAUACAAGAUACCACCAGCCGCCGGAGACCAAGACCCCCAGUACGGGACACACAUCGUCGGGGGCUCCACCAGGGUACUGCAAGCCGGGUCAUCCCUCGUGCUGGAGUGCGUGGUUACCCAUACAGGCGCGCCACCCCCUGCUGUUCCUCUGGCUUCGCAACGCCCUCCCCCUCCACUACGACUCCCCCCCGCGGCGGCGUCUCCAUGCAAGUAGAGAAGUCCCUGGAGCACACCACGUCCCGCCUCUCGCUCUCCGCCGUCAGGGAAGAAGACUCGGCCAACUAUACUUGUGUCCCCGUCAACUCCUCCUCCGCCGUCGCCGCCGCUGCCUCCGUCGCUGUUCACGUAAAUACAGCGGACGAGUUACGGGCGGCCGUGCAUCAGGGGGUCUCAGCAGCGCGCCCCCGCCCCCUAUGGGUUCCCUGCACUGCUCCAUCACCCUCGCCCUGGCCAUGGCGGUGGUGGUGGUGGUGGUAUUAGUGAGUCACACACACGCCCGCCUCUCCUAGCGCUGGUGAGAGAGAGAGAGAGAGAGAGAGAGAGAGAGAGAGAGAGAGAGAGAGAGA